CAAAUACCUAUGUAAAUACUCCGUAAACUUUGAUUCUUAUUAAAUUCUCUCUUGCAGUGGUAGGAAUAAAUGAUUUUAAGGCAUAAGGUCUCAUUUAGCGAGAAUGUUCGACAUCAGUCGGUCAGAAAAAAACUAGCAGAAAAAAUAAGCUGCUUUACUAAUAGAUAUAUAAAUUUGUUCAAAAAAAAUAAACCCAAGCCAAUUAAAGAUAAAACAGUUCCAAAUCUAACGCAAUAUAAUGAUUAUGAUUAUAUAACGCAAUAUUAUGAUUAUUAUCCGCUACUAUCAACAUCAAGACUAUUACAAUCACCUAGUUCACAAUAUCCUCCUCCUUCAACAUCAUUUCAUCUUCCACCAACAACUCGCCAAACAUAUACAUGCAUAUCACCUUCUUCACCAUUUCCUCUUCCACCAAGACCAUGCCAAACAUAUACAUGCAAUCCACCUUCUUCAACACAACUUCCUCCACCACCACCGUGGGAUAAGCGAGAGAUAAAUGAUGAAAACUAUCCACAAUCACAAAAAUUUUCAUUAGGGUGGUGUAUAGAAUGCGGAAAGCCAUUUAGCGGAAUGAAAUGGUGUCGUCCUUGUAAUGCUGCUCAUUUUUAUAGUCAAACUUCAGAAUGGACAAGCUGGCGACUAGGUUUAGAUAAUUUAAUCAUCAAAACACAAAUUACUGCAAAUAAUGUUCAUAGCUUUUUUGAAUGGAUUCCUUUCGAAAAUUUUGAUCAAGUUACAUAUUUGGCAAAAGGUGGAUAUAGUGUUGCUCAUAAAGCUAUAUGGAAACAGGGUCCAAUUACCUAUUGGGAUACUAAUACUAAUAACUGGGAACGCUUCGGUGGUCAUGAAGUAGUAUUAAAAGUAAUAAAAGGAUCUCAAAAAAAUUUAGAUGAAUUUAUUAAUGAGCUUUCAGCUCACCAUAAAUUUAGUAAAAAAAUUGGGCAUGUACUGCGUUGUUUUGGAGUUUCACGUUGGGAAGACACGGGAGAUUUUAUUGUUGUAACAUCUUAUGCUAAAGAUGGAAAUUUACGACAAUACAUUCGUAAAAAGGUUGGAAAUUUUCCCUGGAUUGAACGGUUAAUUACGCUUAAAGACAUUGCUAAGGGUCUAGAAAUUAUUCAUAACUCUGGGUACGUUCAUCGUGAUUUACAUACAGGUAAUAUUUUAAGACACGGAAGUUGGACAAUGAUAAGUGAUCUUGGACUUACAUGGAGUCAAGAUUCUGUAUCAACAGAUGAACUAUUUGGUGUAUUAGAAUAUAUGGCACCUGAAAUUCUAUCUGGUGGUCAAUAUUCUUCAGCGUCUGAUAUUUAUAGUUUUGCAAUGAUCAUGUAUGAAAUUGCAAGUGGAAAAAUCCCAUUUCACCAUGAGGAAAUCAAUCCUAGUAACAUUAUUCAGGGAUAUCGAUCCGAAAUCACUUUUGCCACUCCUUUUAUUUAUACCGAACUUAUGAAAUCUUGUUGGGAAUCUGACCCAAAAAAAAGACCAUCUGCCAGCUUUCUAGUUAAAACUUUUGAUGAUUGGAUUCAUAGUAAAAGGGAGCAAUUGGUUACAAUCUAUAAUUCCUUCCAAGAUGCUGAAGAUGAGCGAAAGAAUUCAAUGACUGAUUCAAUUAUUUAUAUUCCUACUAUUGACCAAACUAGUCAAUUAAUCUCUAUUAAAUAACCAACAGAUGGACCAACAGAAGGUUAAUAUAAGUCUAUUUUGAUGAAUAUUUGAUAAGUUGAAGUUGCAUUAGAAUUUGAUUCGUGAUUUGAAUAAAACGAAAAAAUUUUAGUACUAAAUAGAUAAAUAUACUGUAUAUAUAUAAUUCUACUACCAUACAAAAAUACGACAUUGAUCACCCGAUCAUGCGGACAACGGCGUAGUAACUAGUAAGCUUUUUUAUUACCAAAUGUAGAAAUUU